GGAGAGAUUUUCUGCUGCAACGUGCUCUUUACAUUGCCGGCACUUAAUAACUUAAUUGUUGACAAAUUUAAUAAUUUUUGAAAAUUUAACUGUUCUCGUAACAUUUCUUGAUAGUCGAGGAAUUGUGUGGAUUGACCGGUUAGUUGUUUUAGCUCGGUAUAAAACUUGACAUUUUUGGAAUUCUCUAAAAAAAAGCUGUCUUAUCAUCGUUGAGAUAACUAAAUAAGAAAUAACGUGAAUCAAUUCAUCAAUAGAAAAAACGUAAUCCUCCGUUUAAAAUGGCGAAUAAAGAUGAAUUAAUGGAUCAAGUCAAAGCCCAAAUUGCAAUAGUCAAUGCGCAAGAACUUAUUAGCAAAAUGACGGAUAAAUGUUUUAAAAAGUGCAUAGUCAAACCAGGAUCAUCUCUGGAUAGCGGUGAACAAAAAUGCAUCGCGAUGUGCAUGGAUCGCUACAUGGAUUCUUGGAACGCCGUAUCCAAAGCGUACGCCAACCGCCUCGCGAAAGAAAGGAGUCGCGGUGGUGGGGGUGGAUUUGGUGGAUAAUGAAUACUUAUCUUUAGCCCAUUAUUAAAUAUGUAGUAAAUCCUUCAGAGUUAACUUUAGAAACAUUUUAUAAUCAGUUAGUAGCAGCCAAAAAAAGUUCCAUUCAGCUCAAAAACUUUGAUCGUGUUCAGUUUAUCAAGAAAUAUUAGGGUAAACUAAUAUGUAAAUGAGUGGAUGACAGUUAUAGAGCUUUAUUAUUAUCAAGAUAAGCCAUAAAUAAAUGGAAUUUCACGACGUAAUUGGUUCCCCUAAAACUCUA